GGUAGACGUGCUCCCCUCACUCUCCCUCACUCUCCCCUCGCUCUCCCUUGCUCCUCUCCCUUACCCUCUCUUUCCCUCAACUCACUAGGGGGAAAUAAAGGAAAGAGUGUGUGUGUGUGUGCGCGCGCCGGGUGUGUGUGUGUGUGUGUGUGUGUGUGUGUGUGUGUGUUAGUGUGAAACUUUAAUCUACUCCACAACUUGAGAGAGAGAGAGAGAGAGAGAGAGAGAGAGAGAGAGAGAGAGAGAGAGAGAGAGAGAGAGAGAGAGAGAGAGUAAACAUGAUGAAAUUAUUGUCAACACUUCAUCUUCUACUUCUUCUUUUUCCUCUUCUUCUCUUCCUCCUCCUCCUCUUCCUCCUUCCUCCUCCCGCCAGUGCCAACCACCACCACCAUCACCACGACAACCGCAACAACAACAACAACAACAACAACAACAACAACAAUCAGACAACGAACACAACACGUUACCUGAAGGAGGGACAGGUGAGAGAGAAGAGGCAGGUGUUGCAAGAGGAACCUCACAGCUUUCUCCCUCAAAAUUAUGAUAAGUUUGUUCUCCCCACGCCGCCCGAAGGAGGUGUGCUUCCCGUGUCGUUCAGUAUUAAAGUGAGGGAUUUACACAGCGUGGAUGAGGAGAAUAUGGACUUCACGCUGGAGUGGUACCUAAGGAUCUACUGGAGGGACUACAGAGUGAACCCGCCCAAUCCCGCCCAAAUUUCCGCCAAGAUGAACGAAUCCUUUCCUUGGUUUAACGUGGAUCCGGCCCACACCACCCGACUCUGGCUGCCCACGGCUUAUAUUGAUCACGUGAAGGUCAUCAGUGUCCCGACCUUUCUUGUACGACCUCAUUCCCUCAGAGUCACAGAGGACAAACUACUUCGCUACUCUUUGGCCCUCAUCACCACAGUAUCCUGCACCAUGGACUUCACCGCCUUCCCUUUAGACGAGCAGACGUGCUUUGUGAGGCUGAUGAGCUACCAGUACCGCAGCUUCGAGGUCGAGUAUAAGUGGGGAGAGAGAGCAGUGGAGACCAGCUCUAGUCUUGUCACUGACCAAUUCACGGUGUCCUUUGAAGCAGAUCAUUCCGCGCGUGGAUUUUACCGCGACGCCAACAGCACUCAAGGCACCUUCCCCUUGGUACAGAUGCAGGUGGUGUUGUCCCGCAAGCUGAGUUACUACCUCCUCAACACAUACUUGCCCUCGGCCCUAGUGGUGGGCGUCUCCUGGCUCACCUUCCUAGUCCCGCCCCGCUUUGUGCCAGGCAGGAUGGUUCUCACGAUAACCUCCCUUCUCACUCUCGUCUCCAUGUUCAAUGCUGCCAAGGCCGAGUCUCCAAAGGUGUCUUAUGCGAAAGCCAUCGAUAUCUGGAUGUUGUGUUGCAUUACUCUCAACUUUGCCGUGUUGGUUGAAUACACUGUGGUCAACCGCCUCAUCCACCUCGCCAAGGUCACGCCCAGGUCAAAGACAGAGGAGGCAGCAGGGCCCAAGUGGACUGAGGUAUGGGAGGGUAGACUGGAGACCUACACCCCAAUAUUCCUUCCCAUUGUGUUCCUUGUCUUCAAUAUCGCCUACUGGCCUUAUUUCCUCUCCAAACGCACCUAUCAAGCUACGUGA